CGUCAAGUCCACCGUGCCAGUUAAGUUUGAACACCAUGAGGCUUGAUAAUAUACACAUUUUUUCUUGCGUUCUUCUUACGCUCGGAUUUAUUAUCAUAACGGAGUGUACGAAAAGAAAUCAUAAAGAUACAUUGAAAGAAUUGAAUGAGAAAAGGAAGAACGAUUCUACGAUUAUCGAAGAAAUUUUUAAUGCAAGGACCGAAAUAGAAGAUAAUAAGGAAAAUGAUCCACCGCCUGAAAAAGAAUUACCUAUUUUGCCACCUUUGAUACUAUUGGAUUUUAAUAAUGAUACGAUCGAUGCUAAUACAACGAGCGAGGAGAAAUCUAAACGUACGGUUAAUAAUAAUUUGGGUUAUGGAUUUCAAAGAAAUUCAUUGCUUAUGGGAAAGACUAAUUAUUAUUUUCCUGCUGGUAAAACUGGAACAAUCGUUAGUAUCGAGGAAUCGAUUAGUCCAUUUUUACCAAGAACGAUAAUCGAGAAAUAUAAUCCAAAUAAUCAAAAUCUAAAGGAAACUAAUGGAUUUUCGAAUUUGCGAACAUCUCAAACAAAUUUCGGAUCAAAUACGAAAGUUGAGAAAGUAACAAAUUAUUAUGACACGUUCGAUUCAAAUUAUCGACGAAAAAAUGAAAGAUUAUCGUCGUCGACUCCUUCUCCAUUUUCCGUUUCGUCGAGCACUCAAAUACCACAGAAUCAUUUCGAUUCGAAAUCCUCGAGAUAUUUGCUUUCGAAUUUGAAUAUUCCAUCGUAUCAGUCCACCAACUUCAAUACAGAUUUCAAUGGACAAAGAGGAAAUAUAUUUCGUCCAACUGUCCAAACUUACGUCGAACGAGGUCAAAACGUAUUUCAACCUACCAGUACACCAACUACAGAAAUCGAUGACUCGCAAAUAUUUAGAGUGGACUAUACUCCUCAUCGAUCUGGCGGACAGUCACCGAAUUAUUUUGAAUUAAAACAAAAUGAUUUUCGUGGUAUGUCUUCUUUGAGUCAGUCCAAUCGUCAAGCUUCUAAUUAUAAUGACGUUAAUUCUCAAACAUAUAAUCAACAAAAACAAAAUAAAAUAGUUUCAACUACGGCAAGUCCAAUUGAUAUAAAUCCACAAAGUUACAGACACUUACAGAACAUUUUUAAUCCUAAUGCUAAUCAACAAUUUUACGAAGGGCAAAGACAAAAUUUCGAAAUUGCGUCGCGAGAUUCAUUGAUAUCUAAUAUUCCAGAUUUCAAUGAUAAUAGAAACAAUUAUCGAAUUUAUACAGAACAACGACAAAACGAUCGACCUAUAUUUGCAACACCGAGCUCAAUCGAUGAGAAUUAUGAAUACGUCAAAAAUCCAACGACUCUGGUAAAUCUACCAAGGUAUACGAUAGAAAAUGGUGUACAAUACAAGAAUAAAAUAUUUUGGAAAUAUCCAGAUGGUAGAAUAUCUCACGAUCCACCGGCCACUUACGUAGAGACUUAUAUCGGUGGCUCAACGGCGAGUCCAAAAGUUUCGAAACUUCAUGAAAGUUACAUUGAGACAUCUACAGAAAAUAGUGCCAAUGCUCAAGGUCCAAUACAGUUUCCAAUUGCACCGGAAUUACCAUCGGAAGAAAAUCCAUUUGUCUCGUCAGAUUCUUUGUCCUCUAAUUUAUCGCAUCAGCAGGCAUAUAGAAUAGGUUAUCAGAAUUUAGUUAGCCAAAGACCAAACGUAUUGCUGGCACAGAGAGCAAAGAUGGAACUUACAGCGGCCACAGCUUCUUCAUUUAUAAACACAACACCUUUACCAGUUACCAAGAGACCAACAUUUUCGAAUAAAAAUAACCAAGAUCGUAAUCAUUUUUCAACGGGUUAUACUACCACGGUAAAACCAGUCUCAAGAUAUAUGGUCGAUGGACCAAACGCUGAAUACGUCGAUACUACCGAGUCCUUAUUCAAAGGCAAGUCAGCCAAUGGUGAUUCAGGAAGUAAAGCCAAGCAGAAUAACAAGAAUCUCAACGAGUAUAACAAUCUUCAAUAUUCGGAUCUUCUUAGCUACAAUCCAUCUAUAUCCCAAUAUAUAAAGGAUCCAUCAUCAAUAUUGAACGUUCGACCGACUUUCGUACAAGCUGGAAAUUCUUUAGUACCUGUUAUAAUACUUAGGAUAGACGGUACUCCACCGGUUCAACCUAAACCUACGUCUAACAUCAAUCUAAAAGCUCUUCUACAAGAAUAUUUAAUACAAUAUGCUAACAGUAUAAAAGAAUUAGCUCAACCUACCAAUUAUGAACUUGGAGCGGAACAAUUUAGUCAAACUCAACGUACGAUUCAGGCGGGUAAUCGUUUAUUGCAAUUAGCACGAGAAACGCAAAAUGAGAACGACGAUUCUUUUUCGUUAUCUUCUUCUCCUUCAUCAUCAUCUUCUUCUUCUUCUUCUUCUUCUUCUUCUUCCUUUCUUUCACAAUCUUCUUAUCCGGUUGCGAAAAAUUACGAAGGAAAUAUAUUUCUAAUGGAAGAAGAGGAGACUCGUCCGAUUGGUAAGUUCGGUGAUCGUACCCACGUAAGACCAAAAAUAAAGAGCGUUCAAAUUAUCGACGAUCGAAGAUAUACCAGUUAAAAAUUUUAACUAUUGUAAAAUGUGUUAUCUGUACCUGAUAACGAAAUUUUCAUAUCAUAGUUAUUAAUAACUUUGACGAAAGAGGAACUUAACGAGGAAUUAAUCGAGGAAUUAAUCGAGAUAAUUAAUUUUAAACGAGAAACAAUGGUUUUCGGUGGAAGCGUUUUAUAAAAAAAAAAAAGAAAAAAAAAAUGACGAAAAAAAAAGAAAAGAAAAAGAAGAA